AUGAAUGGAGAGGGAAGAGGAGGAGGUGAAGAAAGUGUGGAAAUGGAGGGAGUGAGAGACAGAGAAAAAUUAAUCUUUAUGUGGGGCUACCUUCCGGGAGCUUUACCGCAGCGGUCGCCGCUGUUGUCACCGGUGGUGGUGAGGCUUCCGCCGUCGAUUGGGCCUGGAACUUCGUGGAAGGACGUUUGCGGCGGCGGUUGCGGAUUUGCUAUGGCCAUUUCAGAUUCCGGGAAGCUCAUAACAUGGGGUUCAACAGAUGAUCUAGGUCAAAGCUAUGUGACAUCUGGGAAGCAUGGGGAAACACCAGAGCCUUUUCCUCUUCCUGGUGAAGCUUCAAUAGUAAACGCUGCUGCAUGUUGGGCACAUUGUGUUGCAGUUACAGAGGGUGGAGAAGUUUAUACAUGGGGAUGGAAAGAGUGUGUUCCCUCUGGGAAGGUAUUUGGCGAUCCAUCUAUGUUAAGUUUAGAGAAGGAAGUGUCUGAGCGACAGAGUUCAUUUUUGACGGAACAAGUGAGCCCUCGCUCUCAGGGCUCAAAAUCUAGUGGUGGAGCUGUGUCUGGUACGGAUAUUGGAGGAGGUGGGGAGGAGGGUACUAAGCGAAGACGAAUAUCAUUGGCUAAACAAGCAGCUGAAAGCUCAUCAUCUGGAGAUGAAACUCUAUCAGCGUUGCCUUGUUUGGUGACAUUGAAUCCAGGAGUAAGGAUUGCCACAGUUGCCGCUGGUGGGCGGCACACUUUAGCAUUGUCAGACAUAGGGCAGGUGUGGGGUUGGGGCUAUGGCGGUGAGGGGCAGCUAGGUUUGGGGUCUCGGAUACGUAUGGUGUCCUCUCCACAUCCCAUACCGUGCAUUGACUCUUCUACUUUUGGAAAAGAUAGAUCUCUAGCUCUUUCUCGAGGAAGCUUGGGUUCAGAGGGACAUGGUUUUAGGGUUCCAGGAAGUUAUGUGAAGGGAAUUGCCUGUGGAGGUCGACACAGUGCAGUAAUUACAG